GACUGCGGACACAGUACAGGAGAUGACCAGAGACUGCGGACAUAGUACAGGAGAUGACCAGAGACUGCGGACAGUACAGGAGAUGACCAGAGACUGCGGACAUAGUACAGGAGAUGACCAGAGACUGCGGACAGUACAGGAGAUGACCAGAGACUGCGGACACAGUGCAGGGAAUGACCAGAGACUGCGGACACAGUACAGGAGAUGACCAGAGACUGCGGACACAGUACAGGAGAUGACCAGAGACUGCGGACACAGUGCAGGGAAUGACCAGAGACUGCGGACACAGUACAGGAGAUGACCAGAGACUGCGGACACAGUACAGGAGAUGACCAGAGACUGCGGACGUAGUACAGGAGAUGACCAGAGACUGCGGACGUAGUACAGGAGAUGACCAGAGACUGCGGACACAGUACAAG